AUGUUGGAGAAUGCAAAGAAACAAGAUGAUCAACAGGUCAAAGAAAUCGCUAGCAAGCUGGAAAUUACACAGGCAUUGAACUGGGCAAAAACGGAGAAGAGCCCAAAAGACGUCAUUGGAUGGCUUGGAUCCAAUGAUAACUGGGAGAACCUUUUGACAAGCCCAGCACUGAACAUUUGUUUUGUAAAGGCGCUACUCACGCACUGGUCGAAUGAUCCGAAAACGAGCACGCAGGUUUACUCGUUGUUUCAGAUCGACAAGGUAGAUAAUGCAUUGGAUAGUCCUCUCUUGCUCUUGUGGGCUUCCUACUGUGAUUCAAUGGGGCACGAUCCGGUAGCAUUUUUGUUUGAAAAUUUGCAAGCUCACUACAAGCAUGACGAAAAGCAUGACGCAAAACUUGCACGUGCGAUAAUCGAUGCAAAGCAAAAGCACCCCCACGACGAAUUUUUUGUAAAGAUGGAGCAAAAACUGUUGACGACAUGGCAGGCAGAGGAAAAAGACGAGGGUCUAGUUUUCGAUCUUCUAGGAUUGGACAAGGUUGAGACUAACAUAUUUGCACUUCCGGCCAUGGAGACUUGGGUUUUGUACGUCCAAAAGUUAACAGGGGAGAAAUGGAAGGUGGCCGUUUUGAAGUUUCUUCAAAGAAGUAAUUACGAUAUUCAUCAGGGCAACACGAUUGCAAACGCCAAGACUUCAGAUAUUGCUGCAAUGGUGGUGGUGCAAGCUUGGCUUCAGGAAGGAAAAGACGAUGCUGACGUAUUUGAACUUCUUGACGUGAUAAGUGAACCAAAUGGUAUCGAUCCUCGAUCUCUUCGUGUCUGGGCGUAUUUUGUAAAAAAGCUUAACGCUGCCACGUAUCGAGACAACAUUCCGGAUGAGGCUCGGUUGAUUACGCGCUUGCUGAAUUACGCAAAUGAAAGCGCUCUGGCAAGAGCGCUGGCAAAGUUGAAACAUAAAGAGCCUGAACAACACAUGUCCUUGUUCUUAACACGCUUGCAAAACGAACAUUUUCAGCUGUGGAAGUCAAGAUACCAUGACAGGGAGAAGGUUAAACAGUACUUGGUUGACAAUCAUAUCAAUGAUGAGAGCGUUCAAAUGAUUAUGGUGGACUACGACCUUUUUCUUAAGGGCUCUUGA